GUCUGCCUCUUUGUCGGGCUGUAUUAUAAUGUGAUCAUUGGAUGGAGUAUCUUCUACUUCUUCAAAUCCUUCCAGUACCCACUGCCCUGGAGUGAAUGUCCUGUCGUCAGGAAUGGGACCACAACAGUAGUGGAGCUAGAGUGUGAGAAGAGCUCAGCCACUACCUACUUCUGGUACCGAGAGGCCUUGGACAUCUCCAACUCCAUCUCAGAGAGUGGGGGCCUUAACUGGAAGAUGACGCUGUGCCUCCUUGUGGCUUGGAGCAUCGUGGGCAUGGCCGUUGUCAAGGGCAUCCAGUCCUCGGGCAAGGUGAUGUAUUUCAGCUCCCUUUUCCCCUACGUGGUGCUGGCCUGCUUCUUGGUCCGGGGGCUGCUGCUGAGAGGGGCGGUUGAUGGCAUCCUGCACAUGUUCACGCCCAAGCUGGACAAGAUGCUGGACCCCCAGGUGUGGCGGGAGGCAGCCACACAGGUCUUCUUCGCCCUGGGGCUGGGCUUUGGUGGUGUCAUCGCGUUCUCCAGCUACAACAAGCAGGACAACAAUUGCCACUUUGAUGCUGCCCUUGUGUCCUUCAUCAACUUCUUCACCUCGGUGUUGGCCACCCUGGUGGUGUUUGCCGUGCUGGGCUUCAAGGCCAACAUUAUGAAUGAGAAGUGUGUGGUCGAAAACGCUGAGAAAAUACUGGGGUACUUAAACUCCAACGUCCUAAGCCGGGACCUCAUUCCACCUCAUGUCAACUUCUCCCAUCUCACCACCAAGGACUAUGCAGAGAUGUACAAUGUUAUCAUGACCGUGAAGGAAGACCGCUUUUUGGCCUUGGGCCUGGACCCUUGCCUCCUGGAGGAGGAGCUGGACAAGUCCGUGCAGGGCACAGGUCUGGCCUUCAUCGCUUUCACCGAGGCCAUGACGCACUUCCCCGCCUCCCCGUUCUGGUCCGUCAUGUUCUUUCUGAUGCUCAUCAACCUGGGCCUUGGCAGCAUGAUCGGGACCAUGGCGGGCAUCACCACGCCCAUCAUCGACACCUUCAAGGUGCCCAAGGAGAUGUUCACAGUGGGCUGCUGUGUCUUUGCAUUCUUCGUGGGGCUGUUGUUCGUCCAGCGCUCUGGAAACUACUUUGUCACCAUGUUUGAUGACUACUCAGCCACCCUGCCAUUAACCGUCAUUGUCAUCCUCGAGAACAUCGCUGUGGCCUGGAUCUAUGGAACCAAAAAGUUCAUGCAGGAGCUGACAGAGAUGCUGGGCUUCCAACCCUACCGCUUCUAUUUCUACAUGUGGAAGUUCGUGUCUCCAUUGUGCAUGGCUGUGCUCACCACAGCCAGCAUCAUCCAACUAGGGGUGACGCCCCCAGGCUACAGUGCUUGGAUCAAGGAGGAGGCUGCUGAGCGCUACCUGUAUUUCCCUAACUGGGCCAUGGCACUUCUGAUCGUCCUCAUCGCUGUGGCCACCCUGCCCAUCCCUGUGGUGUUCAUCCUGAGGCACUUCCACCUGCUGUCUGAUGGCUCCAACACCCUCUCUGUGUCCUACAAGAAGGGCCGCAUGAUGAAGGACAUCUCUAACCUGGAGGAGAACGAUGAGACUCGCUUUAUCCUCAGCAAGGUGCCCAGUGAGGCACCGUCCCCCAUGCCUACCCACCGCUCCUAUCUGGGGCCUGGCAGCACGUCAACCCUGGAGACAAGUGGCAACCCCAAUGGACGCUAUGGAAGCGGCUACCUCCUGGCCAGCACCCCUGAGUCAGAGCUGUGACCACUGCCCCCAACCUGCCCUCCUCUCCCCACACCCAACCUGCCCACUUGCCUG